AUGAAGAUGGCGGCGCCUCUCGCCAGCAAGGCAGGGUCCGCCGGCACCAACAGCAAGCCUCCCUUCCCGGAGCUGGAUUUCCGAUCGGGAGCCAGGGUGGAGGAAUUGAAUAAACUCAUCCAGGAAUUCACCAAACACGACCAGAGGGAGUACGACGACCAGCGAGCCCUGGAGAUCCACACGGCCAAGGACUUCAUCUUCUCCAUGCUGGGCAUGGUUCAGAAACUUGACCAGAAGCUGCCUGUAGCCAACGAGUACCUGCUGCUUUCAGGUGGCGUGCGGGAAGGUGUGGUGGACAUUGAUCUUGAUGAGCUGAAUGUUUAUGCACGAGGCACAGACUAUGACAUGGACUUCACCCUGCUUGUGCCCGCACUGAAGCUGCAUGACCGUAACCAACCAGUCACGCUGGACAUGCGACACUCGGCUUUGUGCCACUCCUGGCUGAGCCUGCGUCUGUUUGAUGAAGGAACUAUCAGCAAAUGGAAGGACUGCUGCACAAUCGUGGACCAUAUCAAUGGAGCUACCAAUUAUUUCUUCUCUCCAACAAAAGUUGCAGACUGGUUCUAUGACUCUAUUAGCAUUGUCCUCUCUGAGAUCCAGAAAAAGCCUCAGCGAGGGAUGCCAAAGGUGGAGAAGGUAGAAAAGAAUGGGACUAUCAUAUCCAUCAUUUUGGGAGUGGGCAGCAGCCGCAUGCUGUACGACAUUGUCCCUGUGGUGUCCUUCAAGGGUUGGCCAGCUGUGGCCCAAAGCUGGCUGAUGGAGAACCACUUCUGGGAUGGGAAGAUCACAGAGGAGGAAGUCAUAAGUGGGUUUUACUUAGUGCCUGCGUGUUCCUACAAGGGGAAGAAGGACAAUGAAUGGAGGCUGUCAUUUGCCAGAAGUGAAGUGCAGCUGAAAAAGUGCAUCUCCAGCAGCCUCAUGCAAGCCUAUCAGGCCUGCAAAGCUAUCAUCAUCAAAUUGCUGUCCCGCCCCAAAGCCAUUAGUCCAUAUCACUUGCGGAGCAUGAUGCUGUGGGCUUGCGACAGGCUACCAGCCAACUACUUGGCCCAGGAGGAUUACGCAGCCCAUUUCCUCCUGGGUCUUAUUGAUGAUCUCCAGCACUGCUUGGUCAACAAGAUGUGCCCUAACUACUUCAUCCCCCAGUGCAAUAUGCUGGAGCACCUCUCUGAAGAAACCGUCAUGCUGCAUGCGCGGAAGCUGUCCUCAGUCCGCUCAGACCCUGCUGAACACCUUCGAACUGCCAUCGAACAUGUCAAAGCAGCCAACCGGCUAACGCUAGAGCUCCAACGGCGGGGCAGCACCACCAGCAUCCCCUCCCCACAGUCAGAUGGAGGGGACACCAACCAGCCGGAUGACCGAUUAGCCAAAAAGUUGCAACAGCUAGUGACUGAGAACCCUGGGAAGUCCAUCUCUGUCUUCAUUAACCCAGAUGAUGUCACAAGGCCCCACUUUAGAAUUGAUGAUAAAUUUUUCUGAGCUUUCGUCAAUGUUUCUUGGGAUUUUUUUUGUUUGUUUCAUUUUUAAAAACUCUUGCAGUGUGCAGGUUUUUUCGUUUGGUUUUCCUUGAUGACUUAGUCUCUUGUUUUUUACAUAUCCAGCGUAGAUUGGAUCUCUUGCGAACAAUCUGAAUAAAUUAUAAUUCCUGGUUCUGCAGGACAGUGCAGAUUUUGAAACAGUAUAUUACUAUUUCAUAUGCUGCUUUGAUUUUUUUCACCCACCCAGCCCCAUUGUCUGCGAGUAGUUUCUAAAGGAGAACAUGCAUCGUAAACACACAUGCCACAGUGUAAUGUAGAUUUUUUUUCAAGCUUCCAUAAUUUAUGUACAUUGUUGGGCCUGGGGAAGGGACAGCUCACCUUCCAUUGCUUCGGAAAUUCACUUCUUUUUCCAUGAGCUUCCAUCACCCUAAAGAAAUGAGGAGAGACUCUGGGUUGGAAAGCACUACUGGUAAUUUGACGAGGCCAAAUCUACUGGGCUGAAGCCCAGUUCAUCUGUUCUUCACACUUCUCACACUAGGGGAGAAAGUUGACUUUAAUGAUGAUGAUGAUGCAGCUUUUGGGGGAAAGAGUUGUUUCUGUUUUGAUCUACUUUUUGAAUGUAUUUGUUCAUAAUUGGACCUUGUACAGUCCAGAGGGUUGUUUCUGCUGCUUUUCCAUGCGGAAUAAGGUUAUGGAAUGUUAGUUUUAGCGUGUGUAAUUAUUCAAAGCCUUAUUUAAAUUCUAUUAAAGAACAUACCAUUAUAAAUGU